AAGGACCCGCUUAGGUCUUUGUUCGAACGCUCGAGUCAUGGCGCCAGCCGCUCUGAUCUAACAUCUUGGCUGCGACGCCAUUGAGCCACUCUCCUAUUGGAAAUCCGUAUCGCGAGUCUCUACAGCGCGGAGUCUCACAUAUUACCGCAGCAGUUCCAAGUACUUAGAUCAUCGUUCGCUGGGACAAGGCGGACCAGCUCGACGCUGAUCAGAAGAACAUGAAGCCCAAAGCAGAAUUCCUGUCUCUUCCUGAAGAACUUCUGUCUUACAUUCUAAGCUUCCUUCCUUGGCGAGAUAUUCUUCGCUGUACAUCCGUAUGCAAGGCCCUUCGUCUGACUUACAUUUCGUCCUCCGAGCUUCAGUACCUCGUAGAACUCGGUGGCCAAUGCUUGCUCCCUGUCCCCGUCACGGAUUUUGACAACUGUAUUUCUAUUUAUGAGCGCCUACAGCUCCUGAGGGACAAAGCCCACACAUGGUUCAAGUUUGACCUCCAUUCCUUCCAAACAGUCUCUAUACCAGAACAAAUUUUUCAUAGGGGAACAUCCCUCGCCGAUGGGCAUCUUUGUGUCUGGGAGAAAGAUGAAGACUUCCGCCACUCGGCCAGGGUCUUUCCAAUACUGCCAAAGCCCUCACGGAAAGCAAUCGAGUAUCAUUGGUCCCCAGGAUCGCUGUGUUCGGUUCCCAAUGCAUGCAUCGUCGAUGUGCUCAUGGAACCAAUGCAAAACUUGAUGGCCAUCGCGUAUGUCAUUGAUCAUGAUACUCUCCUGGAGAGAAGAUUCUACGUUGAUCUGAGAGCCCUGGAUGGAGAUGGUAUUCACCCUCGAGCCGCUGGACAGACACUGUUCGUGUCGGUGCUUACUACACAAGACAAUCGCUCUGCAACCGAGAACUUGAAGCUCAAGUGUUUUGGGAAGCAUAUCGCUCUCCAAUGCUCCCCGCUGGUUUAUGAUGGCAGCGGGGCCAUGUGGUGGUUGCAACUUUGGAACUGGCGACACUCAACAACGUCUAAUAGCAACCUCAGGGACACAAUACUGUUUGACCAGUCAAUUGGUUUUUGUUUCGUUGGAAACGAUAGAUUGCUGAUUGCCAGCGAUCAUUUGAAGCUCUAUUCAAUUGAGGAUAUGUCCCGGGAGCCUCAAUUGCUGGCAUCUUACUUGAUGCCUGUAUCAGUAAUGGGAAUACAGUGCCACCUUGAUGAUAUUGCACAUAGCUCACAAGACCGGCAAACAAUGUGGACGUCAGACCCUGAGAAUCGAUUGUUAUCCCUCGUCACAUACAAACCACGUUUCAUCUUGGUUAUUUCCACCAGGAUUUUUUUCGAUCUCUCCAGAUUUGGUGAAACGCCAAUUACAAUACCAUGGACAUCUUGGGGCCCUCCAAACGCUCGUGCGUUCCAGGACCCCUGGGACGCUAUCGUUUGCGGGAAUCGAGUUGUACAGCCAUUUCGUGUAGUCGACGAGAUGCGUGUCUCCAGGGGGUAUAGUUUAUACAUGAUGGACUUCAGCCCAUUAGCUGUUGAGCGCCACCGCGGUCUAGGACGAGUGGUGAAAGAGUCGAUUAUGACAAAAAUCCCUGAAUCGGAGGAGAUAAUAACGACGUCUAUGCCUUAUGUCGAGGUCGCGUCGGAUAGAGUUUUCCCUCCCAGUAUGGAUUUAACCGUGGUGUGGGUCGAAAAGGAUAGAAUUUAUCUGGCCAAGUUGGUGCGACUGCCAGCGGACAUGCUAAGAAUAGACCAAUUUGAAAUCGUCGAGGUAUGAAGCAGCUAGUCGUGAAGAUUGUCUGAUCGUGGUGUGGCCGCGGCCUCGAAUCGCGUACUUCGGUAUCAUUUUGCUGGCAAGUACAGCGUUCAAAGUCUCUCAUGCAAAGUCGACUGUACUGUAAAUUCAUCGGUUUGUCGAUUCAUAUCCUAUCAGUAACUCCGCGAUACCCACAAGCAUUCAAUAUUCAACGACCACGCUUCCCGAAGGC